GUCUCACUGGUGUUGGGGAACACACAGUAACCAUGGCAGCGGUACUAUUGUCCAGUGUAUUUGCCGUCGCCGUCCUGACGGGGGUAGCGGGGGCCCCCACUACCACUGCCACAGAGAAGGAGCAGCCGCUCACCAUGAACGAGCAACAAAUGGUGGAUUACCUUCGGAAUCGACGAGCGCCACAUCACGGCCAUGUGGUGCCAACGUGUGGCGAGUACCCCACCACCUCUUACUUGCCCCACGGUGAAUUAUACGAACAUGGAUACCUACCGCAUUCCAUACCUCAUUACGGAUAUCCACCACACUACCGCACCGUGGAAGACCCUGAAAUGAUGCAGUUUUCCGACAUGGACCAGUUCAUGCCCAGCCAAAUGGCUGGUCACGUUCCGAUGGCGAGGCUGGGAGGAUACGGCGUUGCAAGUGGAGUGUCUCCCAUCGCUGGCAUUGGAGGACGGGUGCUGAGUCAGGCGGGCGCUGGAACUACCAUGGGUGUGUUCCCGAACGCAAACGUGGGAGGAUGCGCCGUGCCCCUGUUGUUCAGCUGUUCACCCUCAAUAGUGUCGGGGCAGUUGGUGCAGUCAGCUCAGAACCACGCCGUCUCAGGUUACACUGCUUCUGCUCCCACAAACUCCUACAGGCUGGUGGACGAACCGGUGCAGCACCACGCGCUUGAACAGCACGAGCAAGCCACCUUAACCCACGAACCCAGUCCCGUCAUGCACCAAUAAUGAAACUCUCGGUGUACUAGCAUAAGAUAGUUGUAACAAUUAUUUCAAUAAAAGUUAUAUAAACCAA